AACAACUAUAUACGAAAACCUCAAGAUUUCCGACAUAGUAGGCUUCGGAAGAAACUGGAAAGAUAUGGAGGAUAAGUGUUUUCUAUAUUGACUAUUUUUGGAGGGUAUGUCUAUGAAUUGUAUGAAUAUAUUCAACGUAAACUUUUCAAUUUCUUCCUCUUGGGCAUUUUGCUUGUCAUCUUGUAAGCAUGGACAAAUCCGAGAGGACCAAGAUGAAUUGCUGUUUCCCUGUGAAUCUUGAUCGAUCCACGAGGGGUAGCUUCAAGCUGUCCAAGAGCACUUCCUCUGAUAAACACAGUAACAGCGCUCCUGGUACGCCAAGAUCUUCUGUUAGGAAAAGAACAGCCAAGGAGAAAAGCCCCCUUGUGGUUUGCUUUGGGGAACUGUUGAUUGACUUUGUGCCAACUGUUUCUGGAGUUUCACUAGCAGAGGCUCCUGGUUUUAAGAAAGCUCCAGGGGGUGCUCCUGCUAAUGUUGCUGUUGGAAUAGCAAGACUAGGAGGCUAUUCAGCUUUUAUUGGCAAGGUAGGUGAAGAUGAAUUUGGCCGCAUGCUAGCUGAUAUUCUGAAGCAAAACAAUGUUGACAAUAGUGGUAUGCGUUUCGACCCUAUUGCAAGGACUGCACUAGCCUUUGUUACCUUGAGAGCUGAUGGCGAGCGUGAAUUCAUGUUUUUCCGCAAUCCAAGUGCUGAUAUGCUACUCACUGAAGCAGAGCUUGAUAAAAGCCUCAUUCAAAAGGCAAGCAUAUUUCACUAUGGUUCAAUCAGUUUGAUAGAGGAACCAUGUAGGUCAGCUCAUCUUGCUGCAAUGGACAUUGCUAAAAAAUCAGGAUGCAUUCUCUCUUACGACCCUAAUCUAAGAUUGCCUCUCUGGCCCUCGGAAGAAGCUGCCCGAAAGGGCAUCAAAAGCAUAUGGGACCAAGCUGAUGUUAUUAAGAUAAGUGAGGAAGAAAUCACAUUCCUCACUGGAGGUGAUGAUCCCUAUGAUGACAAUGUGGUCUUAAAUAAGCUUUACCACCCAAACCUUAAGCUUCUGAUUGUUACUGAAGGGCCAGAGGGCUGCAGAUAUUACACUAAGGAGUUUCAUGGCAGAGUUCAUGGUGUUAAAGUCCAGGCAAUUGAUACCACUGGCGCAGGUGAUGCUUUUGUUGGUAGCUUGCUGAACAGUUUGGCUUCAAACCCAAAUUUGUAUAAGGAUGAAAAGAAAUUGAAGGAUGCUCUCUUUUUUGCAAAUGGCUGUGGAGCUCUCACUGUGACCGAGAAAGGAGCUAUUCCUGCGCUGCCCACAAGAGAAGCUGUUCUUGAAGUUUUGAACAAAGGCACAGCUUGAGAAAAAUCAGAGAUACAUACUCAUAUUUUUUCAGUAUGGUACAUUUCUGGUUCUCCUGCCAAGCUAUGAAAGUUGUGUAUUGCUCCCUCAAACUGUUGCAUUAAAUAUCAAGAAUUGAAUUCCCAUAAUAAGGGAAAAGUUACUAUCAUUCCUUA